AUGCAGGAUGCAGACUAUAUACCAGACGCGUCGGUCGCGGUGCCCCAGAUGCCUGAGAUAGGCAAUGGUUCCAGUGGAGGCUCCAUGCUCCCGCCCAACGUCGACAGCAUCAUUAUCAAGAACCACUUUCCCGUCGCGCGUAUAAAGCGUAUUAUGCAGGCCGACGAUGACGUUGGGAAAGUUGCGCAAGUUACACCAGUUGUUGUCUCAAAAGCCCUCGAGCUCUUCAUGAUCUCCCUUGUCACCAAAGCCGCUGCCGAAGCCAAGCAGCGCAACUCGAAACGCGUCGGCGCCAUCCAUCUCAAGCAAGCCAUCACCAAGAACGAGCAGUUCGACUUUCUCAACGACAUCGUAUCCAAAGUCGCCGACGCGCCCGAGAAGAGCGAGUCUGAUGCCAUGGACGAAGGCAAGAAGAAGAAGGCGCCGCGCGGGAAGAGAAAGAAGACCGACGAUGACGACGACUUUUGA